CACUUUAAUGGACUAAAGUACAUUAUCUAUACAUAUAUAACUGCAUACAAUCCCCACUGACACAGCAUAUUGUAAUGAUUUUCAUCUAUGGACAGGCCAUCUGUAUAUAAGCUUUUGUAGUCUUUGUGGUGAAUUUGUCAUUGUGGCCAUUUGUUUCAGCCUCUCUUCCUGUCUAUUUCUUUUAGGUAUGAAACCUCUGUGGUUUGGUUAAUUGUCACAUUUCAAAGUGUGACAUUCUUUGUCCGGUCUCUUGUGGCAUUAAUCAGACAUUGGAAAGCAAUGAAGUGAUGUUGCUUUUAACCUUAGAAAUCUGAGAAAAAACAUCUAGUGUGAACAAUUUACACCCCUUCCAAAAACCAGCAGUGUGACUGGCCUUUUGCUGAUACUUCAGGCAGUAUAUUUCAUGUUUCAAGAAUGUUGUAAAGUUCUACCUCCAUAAACCUUGUUCUACAUGCAUCAAAUUGAAACUGACACCACAUGAUUCAGAUUUAAGGCAUUUGAUGACUGAUUUCGAAGGAUUGACAUUACUGUAGAAAAUAAUGUCACCAAUAGCCAAGGGCCUGUAGAUCAAGCAAGGGACAUUAAAACACUGUAACAGAAACAGAGAUAUAGUAUAUAGAUAGAAAGAUAGUACCAGCCCAGGUUACCACAUCCAAGCGUGAAACAAUGAUGACAGGACCACGUGAAUCUGAACGGGACACACUCCAGUGAUCAUCCAUCUACUGUGGGGUGUAUUGGGUAGAGAGAUCGGAAACUGGACAUUAAACAUCUGGAAGUCAAUAAUGAUCACUAUCACUGGGACGAACCUCACUUAUAUACCUGUGCGCCUUUUAGAAUGAAUAGUUGAACAAGAGCAAUCCGUGUGUCAUCUGAAGAAAUUUCUAGAGGAGUUUCAUAUGAUCUUUCGUUUUCAAUUUUUUUUUAUUUCUUUUUCGUUGAUGAAGGAUUUCUGAGCUUAAGCCUCACACCAGGGGAUAGAGUUUGUUUUGAAUUAGUGAAAGGAGCUCUUUACAACCAGAUGUAAACUAAUUAAAUUAAGUUAAAAUUGAAGAUUUUUUUGUGUGUGCAAACUUAGCCAUGAAGUCUGACAACAUCAGGAUGCUGUGUUUUUUUGGGACUGUGCUCCUUCUCGCCAGCAGAAAUUUAGUUUUCGGACAAGAUGUUGUGUAUCAUCUCCUGGAGGGGGACGAAUUAGGGAGAAUUGUUGGAAAUGUGGCAGAUGAUGCCGGGCUUAUUAACCUUGUUGGGGAAGGGGACUUCACUCAUCUCAGAUACAGCUUCCUAACCACGGGGACUCCUCAUUAUAUUUAUUUCAAUAUUCAUAACCAAACCAGUUCAUUAACGACAAAUAAGGCAAUUGACCGUGAAACACUAUGCGAAUUUACCAACACAUGCUUUGUAAAAUUAAACAUUGCUGUUCAGUCCCUGAAGACCAGUUUCUUUAAGAAAGUGUCUGUUUAUGUCUAUGUUGAUGAUGUUAAUGAUAAUCCGCCAGUUUUUGACAAACCUUUCAUCGAUCUGGUAAUUUCUGAAUCUGUUCUUGUUGGAACUUCAAUUACAAUUGAUGGAGCGCGUGAUGCGGACACUAGUGAUGGAUACUCAUUACAAAGUUACGAAGUUAUGCCCAAUAACACACCGUUUGAAAUUAACUUUCAGAAGAAGUUAGAUGGCACAUCAAUCGUUAGGCUAUUUGUCAAAGAGGCAUUAAAUCGUGAACAAAGAGACAAUUAUCAAUUCAGUGUGGUUGCUAGAGAUGGGGGAUCACCCCCUCUUAGUGGUACUCUUAAAGUCAAUAUCACCAUCUCCGAUGUCAAUGACAAUUCCCCGAAAUUCUCCCAAUCAGUCUAUUACAUUGAAGUUAAAGAAAAUGUCAAUUCAUCAACCAUAAUUCUUACUCUCAGGGCCACUGACUUGGAUGAUGGGAAAAAUGGACGCUUAUUCUACCGUCUAAGUCCUCAUCAGUCAGACACUGUUCUAUCAACGUUUGCCAUUGACAAUACCACUGGCGAUUUAUCAGUGAUAAAACCACUGAGAUAUGUGCAAGGGGAACAACAUAUCAUAAUAGUGGAGGCCAGUGAUUAUGGGGACCAGCCACUUACAUCUCAAGCUCUUGUUAACGUAACCGUGUUGGACGUUGGCAACAACCCACCAAGCAUCAACCUCAACUUGCUUUCAUCGGACUCUCUUGCCAAAGUCUCUGAGUUUGCCAACAGAGGGACUGUGGUGGCACAUAUUGCUGUUGAUGAUCCAGACACUGGAAAUAAUGGAGAAAUCUCUUGUAAUAUUAAGAAUUCUGCCUUCAGCUUACAGCGACUUGAAAACAAGGAGUUCAAAGUGACAGUAGACCAAACUCUGGAUAGGGAGCUGUACCAGCAAAUUCAUGUGACUGUCUUCUGCUCCGACAAUGGCAAUCCUCGUCUAACCACCUCUGCCAGUUUCUAUGUAGAAAUCGAGGACGAAAACGACAAUGCUCCUGUGUUCGACUUAUCUGUGUACACGGCUGGAAUCAUGGAAAACAAUAACAUUGACGAUGUUAUUGUCCAUGUCCAAGCAACUGAUGGAGAUGAAGGAAAAAAUGCUGAUCUCCAUUAUUCCCUUAAUAAAAGCAGCAAUGGCAUGUUCUACAUAGAUGAGAAAAGUGGGAUUAUCCGUACCCAUGCAAUACUAGACCGAGAGAAUACCACGUCUUUCUCUGUUAUUGUGGUCGCACAGGAUCAGGGCGAGCCACCCCUGUCCGGAUCAGCAACUGUAAUCAUUUCUGUCCUGGACAAGAAUGACAAUAAACCCUCAUUUAAUCAAACUCAUUAUGAUUUUUCUGUAGAUGAAAAUUCCCCUGCCGGUUCACAAGUUGGAAUUCUGUAUGCCACAGAUAGUGAUGAUGGGGAGAAUGCAAUUAUCACUUUCAAUGGACCAGAUUCAGUUCCAUUCACAAUAUUUCCUGGAGGUUACAUCAAAACUGACCGUGUCCUGGAUAGGGAAGUUCAGAAUCGUUAUGAGUUCAUUGCACAAGCCAAAGACAAUGAUCAUGUGGCCACUGCUGUUGUCACCAUACAUCUCAACGAUAAAAAUGACAAUAAUCCAGUAGUUACCUCCCCUAGUCACUUAAACAACACUGUUUUUGUGGACAAGCAUGCAGAAGUGAACACGUUGGUGACCAAUAUUAGAGCAUAUGAUUUGGACUCUGGUAUUAAUUCCCAGCUUAUUUUUGAAAUAGUCGGGAGAAAUGACUCUGGACAUUUUCACUUGCAUCCUGAUAAAGGCCAAGUAUUUUUGAAGCGCAGUCUAGAGGAUAGUAUUGGAAAUUCCUUCAGGUUGGAUAUUCUAGUGUCAGACAUGGGAAAUCCUGUACAUUCCACCCCGGCUACUCUCAACAUAAGGAUCCUUAGAUCUGGUACUUCUGCUCUGGAGAAGAGCAAUUCCAAUAACAUUCUCAUAGUUGCGAUAAUUGUGUCCGUGACAAUUAUUAUUUCGUUGGCCAUCAUCGUCAUCAUUGUCUUCAUUAGAAGAAGUGAUCGGAAGAGGAAAGUCAAACGACAACAUGAUGAGAAUUUCUACAAAGGAGUAGUGGAAAACACUGCCACAGUUAUUGCAGCCCCUAGUGAGGAAUCCAUAUCAGAGAAAAAGAAGAAGAAAGGGGUCAGUUUCUCAUUGGAGAAUGGUGUGGACAAGGUGUCAGAGGUUCCUACCCAGGGUCAAGAGUUCAUAUAUGAUAAUGACAUGGAGAGGAAAGUGGAUGACAGUCACAGUUUGGGGUCGACCAGCGACAGUGGGCGAGGGGGAUCAGACGACGAACUUAAUACCUCACGGAACCACAAUUCUUCAGGUGACAUCCAUUCCAAGAAAUCAGAUUGGUACUUGCAUCACCAGAGAACUUACAAUGCUCCCAUGCAGACAUUCCUACCUCCCAACAAUCCACCCUCUUACCAUCUCCUACCCCACUCAGGGAGCAGCCAAAAUGGCUGCCAUAGUUAUCAGUAUUCAGAUCCUAUGAAUCAAGGACCGGGGCCGUCUGAUGCCCAGACUCGGACAUAUCAUGGGAGAUCUGUGUCGUAUGAUACGAACACUUCUUUAGGGAUGGAGAGAUUGGAUCAAAAUGAGGUUCUUCCUCCCGAUUGUGUGGUCUGAUCCAAAGACACUUGCGCAAACAUCGUUUUUGCUAACAAGUGCUAUUAUAUUGACUCCAAGUUUGAUAAUUGUUUGUUGAUUUACAAAUCAUUCAGGGUAAUUCCUACCAGUGAAAUAAAUUCUCAGAUUCUACAAAGAAAAAACUCUUUUAACAUUUCUGCCAAACUGUUUGAAAGAGAAGCAGGAUGAAAUUCUUAGCAGGUUAGAACAACAAAAAAGUUAGACAAUUGAAAUGCCUGUGAAAUCUGAAGAGAUAUCAAGGGAUAAGUGAUUGAAGCUCUUCCAGUUGAAAGAUAAAGGAGAAGAGAUGCUUAUACCCAAGUAAAUAAGUCACUCAGUGCCAUAGGAGGAUGCCAACACUAUUUCCUUUCACUGCCUUGGAAAGGUGCUGGAUUUCACAAGAGGAGAAAUUCUGUGAAUGAACUCUUUUCAACUUGACAAUUAAAGGGGCAUAACCCUUGAAACAUGAUCUCAGUUUAAUAAGACACAAUACUUGUUGGUGCCAAAGUUUUUAUCAUUAUCUUGUAUAUAUUUGUAAGACAGCUCUGUUGUAUAUUUGAUUGGAUGUAAUGUGAGGAAAUUCACUAGGUGAAUGUGCAAGUUCUUAUCCCUUUGAGAGCAAUUCCUAUGACACGAUUUGUAUAUUUGCCAAACGUCAUAUUAAUUUUAUAGUCUGUGUGAAUGAAAUUCUAUAUGAGAGGAAGUGUCUAACUGCAAAUGUUUUAUAUGGCUGAACAUAAUGGUAUGUAUUGCAUUCAUACUGCUUAGGUGGUGAUAAUAAAAUUGUAUUUUGAAAUUUUAAA